AGUGUUUGCAAAAAGGAGGGACUUUCUCUUCCUCUAGAAUUAGCCAAAAAAAUUGCUGAAAAGUCCAACCGUAACCUACGACGUGCCCUGCUGAUGUGCGAGGCCUGUAAAGUGCAACAAUACCCCUUCAGUGCCCAGCAGGAGAUAUGUGUCCCUGAUUGGGAGACGUUCUUACAAGGAACUGCUGCCAAAAUUGUUGAGGAACAGAGCCCUAAUCGAUUGCUAGAAGUCCGGGAAAGAAUAUACGAGCUCCUGACACAUUGUAUACCUCCAGAGGUUAUUUUCAAGGGUCUGCUGAAGGAGCUGGUGCGGAACUGCGACGGAGAGUUGAAAUGUGAAGUUACUCGAUUAGCGGCAUACCACGAGCACCGCCUCAACCUGGGCUCCAAGGCCAUAUACCACAUAGAAGCCUUUAUUGCUUCCUUUAUGGCAAUUUAUAAAAAGUUCUUGGAGGAGAGCAUGUCUGCCAUGUUUUAGGAAGCAAACGUAAAAUAGAAGUUUCCAGUGCUGAAGUGUAUUGUGUUGUCUUCAGAUUAGCUGAAUUAUUUUAUAAUGGUGUUUAAAUAUAUUUUUGAUCCAAGUAAAAUUUUUACCAAUAAAAUUUUUGAGAUGG